AUGUUGUCAGACUCAUCUGUUGAUCGGGCGGCAGUGCCUGCCUUCAAGUCACGCCGAACUUCAGAGCAGGCCUGCCCCGUUACGUUUUGCUGCGGUCUGCCAGGUCUGGUGUGUCCUCUGGAGGUGUCAGUCAGUUCAGGGAGCAUCCAGGUUGCCCGAGGCCAGACAGCAGUAUUGCCCUGCACCUUCACCACUAACGCUGCCCUCACUAACCUUAAUGUCAUCUGGAUGGUCAUUCCUCUUUCUAACGCCAACCAGCCUCAACAGGUUAUUCUCUACCAAGGGGGUCAGAUCUUUGGUGGUGCACCCCAGUUCUACGGGCGAGUGGGGUUUGCUGUGACAAUGCCAACCACCAGUGCCUCCAUCUUCAUCAACAACACUCAACUAUCAGAUACUGGCACAUACCAGUGUUUGGUCAACAAUCUUCCUGACCGAGGCGUCAGGAAUAUUGGAGUCAUUGGACUUACUGUAUUGGUUCCUCCUUCUGCCCCGCUUUGCAGAAUCCAGGGUUCCCUGGAUGUGGGCAGCGAUAUCACACUGACUUGCAGCUCGGAAGAAGGCAUUCCCCGGCCAACAUACCUCUGGGAGAAACUGGACAAUGUUCCCAAGUUGCCCCCAACUGCCACACAAGACCAAGUCCAAGGCACUGUCACUCUCCGAAAUAUCAGCACUGCGUCCUCAGGUCUUUACCAAUGUGUGGCUUCAAAUGCCAUUGGAACCAGCACUUGCCUUGUGGACCUGCAAGUCGUUGCACCCCAUCCCCGAAGCAUUGGCCUGAUUGCAGGAGCAGUGGCCACAGGUGCUGUCGUGCUCGUUGUUUGCAUUGUGUUGGUGGCUGUGGCACUGUUUUACUGGAAAAAUAAACACAAAGAGGAAGAAGAAGAGGAGAUUCCCAAUGAGAUAAGGGAGGAUGACCUGCCGCCCAAGUGCAACUCCACCGCCAAGACAUUCCACGCCGACGCCUCCUCCUCGGAGCACGACACCCUCACCUCCUCCAACACCUACAACAGCCGCUACUGGAAUGACCCCAAAGCCAACCACGCCACAGACUCCUUCACCCGCUUCAGCAACAGCAACGACGCCCACCACCCGCGGCCGCCACACACCCGCUCCUACGCCGUCAGCCAGGCCACGCUGGAGCGCAUCGGAGCUGUGCCCGUCAUGGUGCCUGCCCAGAGCAGGGCCGGCUCCCUCGUCUAG